AUGGCGGACCAAGAAGAUGAUGAGUCAGACUUUGAACGACAAGGAAGUACAGAACGGGAAAGUUUGAGUACUGAAAGUAGUUACGACGAAAGCCCUUUGAGUCCAAGGAGUGAAGAUUCUGAUUGGGGUUUUGGUGCAAAUGAAAACUCAGUAUUUACAAAUGGAUUCGACCCGGAAAAACAACGCAGCGAGUUAAUAAAAAAAGCUUCGAUCGUCGACUGUCUUUUGUUUGAAAUUUACGACCAGUAUCACAGCAGAGACUCAGUGGAUAGUGACAAUGUUACUGAGUGUUCUACGACAUCGGGGAGUUUCUACGGCGGUUCUUUCGACCUCGAAGAACGCGGCGAACGGUGGACGAAAAGCGAACUUUCCGCGAAAGGUUAGCAACAAGACCUUCAAUUGCUCUUGUAAAAUUACCAGCUUAAGUUUGAAUGCAGUUUGACUAUUUGCAUUGGUUUUCCAUUUUAUUUUGCUGUAUAAUAUUGAAAUCAAGAAGUCAGAGUAAAAUUUCCAGUUAGAAAAUGAGGACAGAAAUUUAUCCUUGUCCUAUUAAUUUUACAUUGGCGAAUAUCGGACACUAUCUUGUGUUUAAUGCUGUUUAGUACUAGUUGUUUUUGAAGGAUAAUACCCAGCAAGGGUCGCAACAUCAAUAUCAAAGCGUAAUUUGGUUUCCAUUUGAGUCUCAGAAUUGGAAAUUUUUCUUAAUGGUAAGCAUUUGUACAGGUGAUGGUUUUCAAUUUGCUGUUUAUAUUUCUGUUUUAAUUUUUUUCUGCUCACAGAUACAGAUGAGCUUCGAAUCAUGGCAAAGGAGAUGCGAACACGAAUAUCCAUGCUUUCGACAAAAUUAGUCAAACAACUUAAACGGAGGGAUAAGCACGCUUACAAACUACAAAGAAACUUUGAUGUUUUAACUGCUAUUCUUCAAGCGGUUUCGUUGAAAAGACGUAAGUAUUUGACCUUCCCACACGCAACGCCUGAGAAUUUUUGUUAAUCGAUUUAUGAUCAUUAAUUGCUUGUUUGCAGCGCUUUAAUUUUGGGAAAUAUUCAUCCAGGCAAGAGUAAACUUCUCAAAGAAAUCGAAAUUUUCCAAAACUAGCUCUCUUUGUUGUAAAUUAUCUACUUUUUCCUGAUUUUUUCUGAGCAGAUAUCAAUCAUAGUAUUCUGCGUAAAUUUAACAACUGCUCAAUUUUCAUAACAAAGGUCGCUGUUUGCUUUAAAUAGUCCAAGCUAGGAUUCUGUUGAAGUUUGUAUCACAAUCGCUUUUAUUAUGGGUAAAUCUUUUUUGGCAAAUUUUUCAAAAUUCUUAACACCUGAACACAGCGUGAUGUUCUAGAAACAGCCAUGAAGAUUUUUCUUAGGUGUUUUCAAUGGCAUGGAGCUAUGUUAAAAAUAACCUAUUGAUACCUUGUGAAAUCUAUUGCAUUGCAAAUUGCCUGACACGUCGUAUUUUUGGCCUGAAAAUGCAAAAUUAUUCAUUGAUCAAUCAUGAUUUCUUUACAUCACAGUUGAUGACCCUUGAAAUUUUUACAGGUUCUGUAUUUCUAUUGUUAGAUGGAGAUAUUUAGAUACUGCCUUUGUCCCUGGUGACUUUGAAGUGAAUAGAACAAAUAGUUCCUACUGUGUGUUGUGAAGAUCAUUAUGAAUAUUCCAAUUAUCCAAUCAGCCUCAAGUAACCAACAAAUUGUUCCGUUUCACAUUUGGUAACAAUCUCAGCAUCAUUCUUUGAGAUGCAAAUUUUGCCAAAUUGUUAAGAUUUACACCUCUUGAAAAGAGCUACAUUUUAAAAAAUUGUUAAACUGUAAUCAAGUUACCAGAAUAAGAUUGACAAGCUUUUUAAUCAAGUUUCCAGAGGCUUUUAGGACAUAGACAUUUUAGACAGGCAUGUCACUGUUAGUACCUUUGUUUGAUUUUUGCUGUACUGUUGGUUUUCUUUGAAUGAAGAUCUGCACUGAGCAGACCAGACACAGAAUAUUCAAGAAUUUAAGAAAUAUGCUUUAUGAGAAUGUCUCUGUGAUAUUGUAUUUAUCUUGUACUUUGAAUAUUACUAUCACAGUUGCUAUGCUACAGCUGUAUUGAGUUCAGUGAAAUUUCAUUUGGUUUUUAAAUGAUAUUGGCAAAUCUUGCUUUUUGCCCAUAGAAAAUUUGAUGUGCUCUUUUAAAUGUGCAAUUUUCUCCUUGAGUUUUACUUGGCUAAAUCCAAAAUGUAGAAGUGGUCAGAACAAUUGGUCCUCUUGAUUUUAAGUAAUUACCACUGAGAGUAAGGUGUGGAAUUACAGAAACUUUAUUCAGAAGUUUGUUGAAAAUCACCACUUUUUUAAAAUGCACCAGAUAACAACAAUGCAUGUUUGGAAAGUUUUUCUGUAAAUCUUUUGUUGUAGAGGGAUUUCCCUCAAUGCAGGUUCAUAUGGAAAUACCAAAUGAUUUUGGUAUUUCAAUAUUUAAUUUUGGUUUCAUGCAUAAAUUAGUUAAUAAUGGUACUUAUCUUGUUUCAGACAGUUUUUGCUAGACCCUUUUAGGUAUGUGGUCAUGUGGUUUGAAAUGGGUAAAUCAAAAUGACUGCUCAAGUAGGUGCUUCAGACGACAUCUUAUGGUUGAAACUACUUCCUCUCUUGUGGAAAUGUUCAUAUUCACAUAAAAAUCAGCCUUAAAUCAGACUCUGCUAGAAUAGAAAUUGGUGACAAAAGAAAUGGAGAUAGUUAUGCAGAGCGUAACACCUCGAGCUGGAGAACAAACUUUUGAGCACACAGUCUCUAAAGAUCACCAAAAAAUAUAUGACACAGGCAUAAAAACAAAGAAAAUGUAUCAGGAAAAUAAUUUUUAUGCUGAUUUUGUGAUUUAUGGUUAGAAUGAAGCUAUAUUUUGUCAUAAACUGUAAUUUUUUUUGUUUUGCAUUGAUUGUAUGCUCUGGUUAUGACUGUGAGCCAAUCAAAGUUUUUAAAACAACUAACAGACUGGGUCUGAUAUUUUUCUGAAAUUUUAAGCCAAAAAAGUGAAAUUUUUGAGAGCAGCUACAAUCAAAAUUUGGAGCCUUUUUUAAUCCACUCUCCACCUCUAUUACAUAAUGUUUAACAAACGUAUUUUAGAAAAUGGAGAGCAUACCUAUAAUCAUGAUCAAAUUAAUUAUGCUAAUGACAAUAUUUGAGCCUCCUCUGGUUUCUAUUGUUAUUAUUGUUGUUAUUAUUAUUAUUAUUAUUAUAAUUAUUAUUAUUAAUAAUAGGUGAUAUCACAUACAUGUACAUGAGUAGUAAUGUUGUAUUUGAUUCUGUAAAAUCCCACAUUGCAUCAUAGAUGUACCUUUAAUUUUUUUUUUUUUUUUACUGUGACUUGGUUGUAUGAUUCACUUAUUUGAAUGAUAAAUGUCUUUUGGGGGUGUCCUCAAAGGUUUUCCAGACUUGAUGUCAUUUGUGAUGUUUUGUUGCAAAUUGUUUACAAUUUUGAGGAUUGAAAAUUUUUUGGUGUUUUAUGAAACAAAUUUUUGCUUUGGAAGAAAAUGGAUAUUUCUUCUGAGCACCAAUUUUUGUGAUAUUUGGAUAUUAAACAGUGAAACAUGAACAUGGAAUGAAACAAUGUCUAAUGCUAUGGAGGUCUACAGAAAUUAAAGUUUUGACAAUUAAAAAAGUGUCUCUUUUGUUGUCUCUUUUUAGGUGUGGAUACUAAAAUCAGGUUUUCCUUCAUCCCUCAGUCUGGAAAGAAGGCAUUUAAACAUGUAAGUAGUGACGACUUUUUUGUGACAGUUUUCUUCAGUGGUUUUCUUUUACAAACAGUGAUACUUUUUUCCUGAUAGUGGCUUGCUGCAUUCAAAGCCAUUGCCAGACUUAAAGAAGGUGUCCCAUCACAGUGGAGAAGGAGGGUGAGUUAACCUUUACUUCCUAGUUCCCUCCAGAGUAAAUUAACUGAAUCCUUACUUCUAUUUUGUCCAACAAAAGUCAACUUGAUUUUUUAGUGCAUUUGCAUCAAUUUUGAUAGAGUUAGUUUUAUUGUCAUUAUGUUAAUCCCUCACUUUGUUUUGUGAAAAAACUUUUAGCAAAUUUGCAGCCAAAGUUCAUUCAAAGAAGCAAAAGGUGUUUACAAGGCAAUUUCAAAAGUGAUGUUUUAUAUUUUCUCCCAACUUUUGAUGCCAUUGAACUUCCCACGUCUUACAUGUAUACUCAAGUUGCACCCAUUUUUUUGAUGACUCCCAUCUGUCAGUGCAUCAGAUUUUAGUGUUUACUCAUUUUGUGAUUUUAUUGAAUAUAAAAUCCCUUGUUCUUGCCUUGCUUUUGCUCUUCUCUUUGCUCCCAUACUGUUAAACUGCAUCUGUGUUAUAGUUAGGAAACAUUUUUCAGGGGUGAAAGUGAAGUAAUCUAUUUUAAGAUACACUUGUAGUAUUUUUUGUAAUGAGUAACACUUUCAUUGUCAGUUAUGGCUGUGUCUUGCUGAGAGUAAAAUAAAAGAUUUGGAUUGGGAAAAGACAGCUAAAUUUUGCUUUAAUGAGAGGAGUAAUCCUGAUGAUGAUGAGCUAGGAUCACAAAUAGUAAAGGUAAGAAUUUAUGACAGAGAAACACACUGCAACAAAUUCACAUAUUGACAUUCCUGUCCUAGCAGUAUUCAGGAAGUUUGUCACCAUGGACCUAUAGUUAAACUGCUUAGUCUGCAAUGGGUUUUCUUUAGCUCACUGGUAGAGCAUCUGCAGCACUAAUCAGAAGGUUGCACAUGUAGGUUUGACUCCUAUUGAGACUAAUUGGAGUUCUUUUUCUCCAAGUUUGCCUCUGUCAUUCAAUGAACAACAUAUUUCAAAUUCAAAUAACUUAGAGCUAGCUAAGCGCAAGUGUUGUGGUUCAUUGAGUGAUCUUGUUCUCACGAAUUUAAAAUGGCCAGUCAAUAAGACAAGAUGUGAAUUGUAUGGCAGACAUGCACAGGGUAAUAUUUCAUGAUCAAGGCAUAAAGGAAGUCUUGAUUUUAUAAAAAACUAAUUUUUGCAGUGUUUAUCAGUUUACUAGUGUUUACUACAGUUUUGAGCUUUUAAUUUCUACAUAGAAUGGAAUUUCUACUAGUUAUCUAGAAAUACAUGUAUCACACUGUAGAUGGAGUUGUCUUCCUUGAUCUGUAUUUUUCAAGGUCGAUGAGAGAUUUUUAAACCGUGUCCAAUUCAAGUUGGCUUUGCUUCAUAAAGUAUGUAAAAUGAAGAAUUAGUAGAGGUCCACUGAGAAGUCUACCCAAUCAUUACUUUUUGCAGUCCUAAUAAUGUGUAAUUCAAUGAUUCAGAGUGAAGCAGUAUUGUUAGUGUAUGCCCACAAGUCAGUGUGGCUGAUAGAUGAUGUCACAUGUACAUGUACCCCACAUAUUGUAUCAUUAAUGAUAACUACCACACAAUAUUGUUUAGGAUCUUCAUCGAACUGGCUGCAGCUGGUUUUGUGGUCAGGAUACUCCUGAGGAAAGAGCAUCACUAAAACGCGUUCUUUUAGCUUAUGCCCGACGCAACAAGGCUGUGGGUUACUGUCAAGGAUUCAAUGUCAUUGCAGCAUUAAUUCUUCAAGUCAUGGACAGAAAUGAGGAAGACGCACUGAAGGUACAUCUAUAAUUAAUUGCUAAUAGUUUUUAUUUUGUUUUGUUAAGGUUUUCCUUACCCUUUUCCAUCUUAAUCUUAUCGACAUGUUUGCAAGGAUACAUGAACUAUCAGUUUUUCCAGAGCUUUGGAAAUGAACCUUUUCAUUAACUGCUGGGAGUGACCAAUGCUUGAUGUCCCUUUACAAGAGUGACAGGGUUGAAAAAGUUAGCAUUUUAGAAAGUAAAUUGUUGUGAAAUGUUACAAUCUACAAUUUCUUUUUAUAGGUUAUGGUUUAUGUCAUCGACCACGUACUUCCCACAAACUACUUUGCAAAUAACCUGCGGGCACUUUCUGUCGACAUGGCUGUCCUGCGUGACCUAAUGAGGGAGAAGCUAGAGAGGCUAUCAAAACACCUGGAUAGCUUACAAGCACAAGCCUUGUCACAGAAUGGUUCCAAUGCCAUGUACGAGCCUCCUUUAAUUAAUGUUUUCACCAUGCAGUGGUUUCUGACACUGUUUGCCACUUGUUUGCCGGAGGAGACUGUUUUGCGUGUGUGGGACUCCAUCUUGUUAGAGGGCUCAGAGGUGCUUCUUAGAGUUGCUGUUGCUAUUUGGGGUAAACUUGGAGAGUAUGUAUCGAACUAUUUCUUGGUUUAUUUAGGUUUACUUGUAUUCAGUGAAGAUUUAUGUGUAGGUUUGUAAUUCAUUCACCCUCCCGCUCCCUCACGUCCACCGGUCAGUCAAGUACAAAGAAGGUGCAUGUGUAAAUAUGUACCUGUUAGCUAAAAUAUUUAUCGGAAACCUCAAGUUUCCUGUCAUAAUUUAAUAUGAAUUUAUCUAAAAAAAAAAAAAGAAGAAGGCAAAAAAUCUCCGAUUAUCCUUCAUGCAAACCAAAAUGUAGAACGAAUUGAAAUAAUAUGGGAUGAACUGUAAAAUUCUACUUUAAUUUGCCCUUUUCAGGCAAGAACGGGGGAUCUCUGUUAUUUCCAUUUACGGGAGGGUAUUUGCGGAGAUUUAAGAGACAUAAUUCAUUGCCGGUUGACGGGCGUUAAGAAUGAAAGGAAUCGUACGCGCAUAAGUCCUAUACCAAGAGCACUUUCCAAACCACAUGUCGGGUGGAAAGUUUGACUUUUCAGGGAGUGUUAUGGUAACUUGAUAGGGAUACAGUUUUGUUAUACUUCCUUUCCCUAUGAUUUUUUUCUAAAUGUCAUACAACCACCAAGAUGUAUUCUCCUCCUCUAAAAGGUUAUGUAGCAGUGUGUUAACACAGCACUUUAAACCAAAACAGCUGCGCACUCGAACGUCUCUGAUAUUAGCUGUCUGACUCAAAAUAUUGAUACAGCUUAUUACAUUGGACACUAUUUCUUCCAUCAGGCGCCUUGAACACGUGGAAACUUCUGAUGAUUUUUACAGCACAAUGGGGGUACUAAUACAUGAUGUGCUGACUGGAAAUGUCAUUGAUUGUCAAACGUUAAUGCUGGUAUAAACACUUAGCUUACGGUCCGAUUUUAAUUUUUAAGAGUAUACUCACCGUCAUUGAAGUUUCUCACUUUUUUGAAGACUUUUUCUCCGGCGAAAAAGCGUCAAACUACGGUGGCCCACAAUUGGGUUUCUACUCUGUGUUUAAAAUAAGGGAGAACACCGUAUUCUUCCUUGAAAGAAGUAAAUGUCACUUUUGGAAGUUUUUAAAUCGACAAUUGUUGGAUUUGGAUUCAUCGAUUUCUGAUUCGCAUCGCAUUCAAAACCUUGCUAGACGUUAUCGAUUGAAAAAUUGUCGUAAAGAAUCGCCUUGUGGUGCACUAUUCUAAAUGAUACCAAUUUUUAGCGCGGAAGUGUGGCGUUAAAAUGGUUAAAAUUAAACUAUAUUGCUAUUUGUAGGAGGUGUACGCCUUGGCUCCGUUUCCCUUACCAGGGUUAGCAGAACUUCGAGAACAGUACACGUACAAUAUCAACCCGUUUUCAGACGCUACCGGCGAUCGAGGUCAGCGAUCAGCACUAGGACGCGGUUCUAGCGAUGAAGAAGACGACGUCGAUGACUUGGAAGGGAUCGGUUGCUUAGGAGCUCUGUUGCCGUUCUCGGAAUUUGCCCCUGGAAAUAGCACUAAAGCGCUAGGUGCCGGUGGCGAGGAUUUGAAUGACAUUGCAGCUGCUAGUCCGGGCGUGUUUGCUACUGAUGGUUACUCUCCCCUACCAUAUACCACGAAGCAGUUUGGUUCAAGAGGACGCCGUGUUCAUCAGGAGAUGACCUUCUUACAGAAGCAGUAUGCAAGGAUGAGGCAGAUGCAGCAGAAUGCUGUAGUGGUGUUUUCAGAGGCCACAGUACAGAACAUACAGGAAUCUGAAAAGCGCAAGAGCAUUCCUGCUGCUAUUAAUCAUCUGUUUGUAUCAGCAACUAAGAAAAAGACUAAGACUGCUCGAAGUCAUUUCGGAGUCAAGAAGGAGAACGAAACGAAUGCUAGUGAACGGUUAUCAGUAGGAGAUGUGGUCAGUUCUAAGACUGAGACCAAAGUGGAAGUGAAACCAAACGCUUAUGAGAAGGAAAGCAUGCAGCAUUUGAAUGAGUUAUUCAAAGGUGAUCAGAAGGAAAAGAAAGAAACCAAACAGCUUUCAGAAGAGGAAAAGGCUCCAGAGGCGAGUGAAAAACACGUUAAAACUGAUAGGACAAAGGAGAUUUCUAUGAAGAAAAUUCCAGAAGAGAAGAAAGAACAAAUUUCUGAGGAGAAACCGGCCAAAAAUGUUAAGCGAACUACUCCAAACACGCGUAAAAUUCAACAUGUUGGAUUAAAUGGUGAAGUAUCGUCGUUAGAAACUGACAAACCAACGCAAAAUAAACCGCUUCUGUCUGGUUUGAAUGCCAGUCGUAAAUCCACAAAAGUUACGGUAGUUGAAUCUUCGUCAUUAAAAGUAACUGCGGCGAACAAUGAUAAGCCAAAACCCGUGAGGGUAGUGGACAAAAACAGCCCUGCUGUUCUUGACGCAGGCGCAGUAUCGUUCGGUGGCACGGGACGAGUAUACACCCGCUCGUAUCACGGGUCUGGUUAUAACUCCAAUAACAGUUCUUGGCUGUUGGAGGAAGACAAGAGGUGCAAGUAUCCCGAGAACUUCAGACCUUUCCCUCAACGAAACAAGCAGCCAAGUAGAAGCAGGAUUCUCUACGGAAACAUGUCGGAAAAGGGCGCCAAGCGAAUGGACGCGUUUCAAGGGAGGAAGGAAACUCGACAGGGAUUUAACAACGGACUUGCUGUUAAUAGUGCUUCGGAUAGCAAACGAAGUUAGCCGUUGAACUCUCUUUUUACAACGGUAUUCGAGAAACUACUGGUGUGCCGCGUGAGUAGACCGGAUUACAGGUACUAAGGAGACUGCCUUAUUCAUAAAGUGUCAAAAACGAUGUGUUGAGUGGAAAAUUUUGAGAAUAGCAGUGACUGGGAACAGACCCUUAUAUAAAACUACCGUUAAAUUUGAAUUAAAACCCCCUUAUUUAAAUCUUCUUCGUUACCGAUAAGGUUAGACAGCAAAACGGACCUUUUUUUAUGACAGUAUGAAAGUCUCAGUCAUCGUACGAAAAUGAUCUUCCCGUUUGGCUCACAUAAAUCUCAGUCUUAAGAGCAAUAUGGCUGACCAAAAGUUUAUAAUAAUUAUAACUUAAUCAUUGAAUAAAAAUAAGAAUUAUAUAACAUAAUAUAAUAAACUGUAACUGUAUUUUUUGAAAAAGUACAUUUUUGAAAGGGAAAUACGUAAUGGAAAGUAUUCAAAGUUUUGAUACCAGGCGUAACUGUUAUAACCUUUAUACUCCUAGAAGUGAUCGGUACCUGUAUUCUCCAGUAACAAGCAGCCGGGCAAUGAGAAUUUAGAAACUGAUCAACUAGGGGUUUUGUUUUGUUUGUGUGUAACUCCAAAUUCUCCUGACUAGCCAACAUAAUUUGUAUUGUUAUGAGUUCACUUUCAGAUCUUGAAAGUUAACAUUUUAUUAUGGAUCUUCUCAAAUAUGUAAUUGUCUGGCGUCAAAUAAUAUUUAAAGACUUUGAGUUACCGUAGCUAAGGGUAGAAUAAUUACCAUCUUGCAUCAAUGGGAACUGUAAAAUAUUCAAAUUCAUUGUAAGAUGAGUAUAUUUUUAAAGGUGUAGAACGGUUCCGUUCCCUGGUUACUAAAUCUUUAUAAAGUGUAUAUAAAGUGUAAGGCUCUAAUUUAAUGGAUAUUUAAGAGAAUUCCAGUCCUUUUAAAGAAGGUGCUAAUAUUUAACGAUAAGAUAGCAAAUUACGCAUUGGUCAUAGAUACGUUAGUCUUACUUGCAUACAAAACAUAUAUAACAUGCUCUGUUGCAGAAUUUCACUUCGGUCGUCAUUGAAUGUGUGUUAGUCGCUCUCUGGCGUCCUUGAAAAUUCCUAUUUUGGCAUAUUUGUACCUGUAACCCGUGAAACCUAUAAUUUGUUUCAACACUUGCUAGGUUGGUUCAUUCGCUCUUUAAGUUGAUUGCUUUCCAUUUUUUCAGCGCGGGCUGGGAGGGCUCUCGCGUUUUUCUUGCGUAGUUACAAUUUCUCCAGAACGUGAGAGCUCCUUUGCGACCGAUUAAGAAGCGGGCUUUACGUAUGUUAACAGCUACUCAAGGUUUGCACUCGUUAAUCCCUGUUACCCGGUGAUGAGGUAGAUAAUGAGUUAUUUUCAGCACAAGAGUGGAUAACACAGUGAUGC